AUGGCGCCUUCCGAAAAGGAGCUAGAAACUGCACUAAUUGAUGCGACCUGUGCAGUCUACGAGGCAGAACCCGACGCGACCAGCGUCAACAAGGUUCGCAAACAGGCCGAGGACAAACUUGGCCUUGAGGAUGGCUUUUUUGGAGAUGCGGACUGGAAGAGCAAGAGCAAGGAAAUAAUCAAGAAAUAUGUGGACAAGCUACUCGACGGCUGGUCCCCAGGACAGGAUGGUGAUAAUAGCACAAGAGGAAAGAAGGGAGCGAAGCGUCAAUCUGCCGAACCGAAGUCUCCCAAAGCCAAGCGACAGAAAACGACCAGCCAGCCGAAAAAGAAAGUAAACAAAUCAGAAUCAUCGUCAGAGCUUAGUGAACUAGACGAGGACGAGCUCGAGGAAGAACCAGCCCCGAAGAAGAAAAAGAAAGCUCAGCCACCCAAGAAGAAGGCAGUAUCGCCGAAGGCACAGAAGAAAGAGAAACCAGCAAAGAAGGUCGCUGCUCGAAAAAAGGCUCCGCUAUCGGACGAUGAGGACGAUGAAUUGACUCCAGCCCCAUCCACUCCAGAAGAGGCCGAGGUCGAUGUCGAGAAGGAGGAGCAUCAAUCAAAUGCCGAACCGGACGACGAGGCCAAGCCGCCAAAGGAGGAGAGUGCCCAACCCCCUGUCGAUGAAGAAGAAGAGUACUCGGAUGUCAUCGACGAACCGCCACCGCCAAAACGAAAGAAGGGUACCAAGAAGGAGCCUGCGGCCAAAACCGCCAAGCCCACCAAGUCAGUGACUAAGAAACCCACCGAUGACGACCUGCAAGAGGUUGAGAUCAAAAAGCUACAGGGCCAGCUUGUCAAGUGCGGCAUUCGGAAACUUUGGCACAAUGAACUCAAGAGCUGCGGUGAUGAUUCUCGUGCUAAGAUUCGCCAUCUGAAAAAGAUGCUCGCGGACAUUGGCAUGGACGGGCGGUUCUCAGAGGCAAAGGCACGCGAGAUUAAGGAAAAGCGCGAACUCAUGGAUGAGCUUAAGGCUACUCAGGAAAUGAACGCGCUAUGGGGGAAGGCCUCGGAAGGACGAGCGAGCCGUAGCAGGGCCAAGGUCCAGAGCCUGAAGGUCGACAGUGACGGGAGUGAGAAUGAACAAAAUGAUGACAAGGAAGACGAGGAUGACGAAGAGGAUGAAACGACAGUCGCAGCCCGGCGGAGGAGGGCACGAGCCGACCUGGCAUUUUUAGAUGACGAUAGUGACUCCGAUUAA